UUUUUUUUCUACAGAUUUCUUCCCUUUUCUUUCUUUUCGAAAAAUAAAGUGCGUUGAACAAUAAUGUACGGUGCUUAUUUUCGACAAGGUUCCAUCAUGACAAUACCUUACUCACUUCACCAACCGUUCUAUACUCAGCAACCACAACCAUUACCACAUUCACUUAUGCAACGUCAACGUCGCCCUUGGAAAAACAAAAAGCCAAUACCCAUUCCUGCUACUUCUCCUCCAAAGUCCAUGGAAGAACGACCUCAUUCAGACGAUUUCCUUUUUUUUCUUGAUAUUGAUCAUCAAUCCACUUCUACUCCUUCUUUUCCUUCUUGUAUUGUACGCUUCCCACCAUGCUCUUCUACUGAAACAAUCCCUUUGCACGAUAUCAAGGUUUCUCCUACUGCCAUCUCUUCUUCUUCUUCUUCUUCUUCUUCUUCUUCUUCUUCUUCUUCUGCUCAACGUACUGAUCCUUUGGUUACUACAUCCAAGAUACCUUUAGAUUUAUCUAUCUUUGACAAGCAUGGCUCUACACGAAAAUCAACUUCGUUUACUACUAAGUAUGACAAGCAACCUGAUACUAACCAGCAUAUAUUGACCAAUCGACAUCAUUCUCUUCAAGAACAAGACAACAAAAAUCGGUGUUUGUUGCAUCAAACAAAAGAAACACGUCAAAAGCAACGGAAUCAAUUUCAAGAACCACGCCACCAUCGACCUAGCUUGUCUCAGGACGAUAACUUUGUACCACCUCAUCACUCGCAACCUGUAGCACAUCAUCGGUCUUCGUUUCCCGAGACACCUGGUCAUCGUUAUCCCACACAACAAUAUUACUAUAUGACUUUUCCUUAUCCUUCCUAUGGUCAUCAUUCCAAUACAAUUUAUCCGAAUCCUCAGUCUCAUGGAUAUCCACCCCCUUUGGUUUAUGAUAUUAGCAAUCAUCGCAUAGAAGAGGGAAAAUAUCAGCAUUAUCGUCAUCAAGAACAACAGUAUCGAUUAAGACGAAUCUCCACCAACACGACCAAUAGCACCUAUUCAUCAUCAGAUAUGACACCUCGCCGGUUUAGUAGUGGUAGUACAAAUAGUAGUAAGAGUACUUUAGCUUCUAGUAUGGAAAGUGCGAAAACAUGGAACAAUGACUUCUCACCAACAACAACAACAUCCUUUUAUCCGACACUAUCCAACGAAGAGAAUGGUACUGAGCAAUGCAAAUCUCUCAAUACAAUGCAUGAUUCCGUAGUUUCUGCCAUCACUCCGCCAUCAUCCAUUCCUGACGAACAACAUCCAACAUUAGAAACUGUAUUAAGUGACAUUACAAGGCCGAAGCCGGAUGUGGAACAAGUUACAUCAUCGUGUGACACCAGUGAUGAUAUUUCGACUGCAAGUACAGAAAACUGCAGCAAUGCUCAAGUUAUUGACAGAAAAAAGGACAUACAGACUGAAGAACACAUCGACAACAACUAUGAUAUUGGUACAGUGGAAGAGGAAACAGGACUUUCUUGGAUUCAGCAACAUCAGCAUCAUAACGACAACAAUUGUCAUGAUGACAAAAAUCACUUGGAUAGCACAACGAUGUUUGCGGAAAAUACUAGUAGGACGGCAGAAAAGGAAAUGAUUACAGUCAAUACAACAUCAAAUUCAACCAUCAACCAAAUACAUUCGACUACGUUAUUGUCUUCAUCUCCAGCAGCUUCUUCAUCAUCUACAAAAUCAUCAACAUCAUCCUCAUCAGCAGUAUCAUCAUUACCAACACCAUCAUCAGCAGCAGAAGCAGCAGUAGUAGUAACGACAUCAAUGAAUAAAGAAGAAAUUACAGCAGCAAUACCUGUUUGGGCUGAUCCAAUCAAAGUACGUGACAAUCCUAUAAGAUAUAAAGUGAUUCAAGAUUAUAUGACAAAACACAACUUAUCCUAUAGCUCAGCUCUUCCACUUCAACAAGAAGCUGUAUUCUAUUUUGGUGACACAUCGAAAACAAAGACGACGGCCAUCAAUUAUCGAUCUAGUAUGCAAAAACUCUUUACAUGUCAAACGGUAUGGGAAUUCACAGCUCGUUGGCGUAGGCACAAAGAAAGCUUAGGGUAUAGACCAUCUGAAUUGGCAAUCAAUCAAAACCUGUACUGUUUCCAAAAAGGGGUGGAGCCUAUGUGGGAAGAUAAGGUGAACAAGGAUGGUGGACGACUGACGCUGUGUCCUGGUAAACAUGUUGUAUUGGAUGAUCUCUUUGACUGGUUGUUAUGUGCCUUUGUAGGUAGUCAUUUGGCAAAACAUGGGAUGGUUGGACUUGUAUUAUCGAAACGAACACGGACGGAUCGAAUUGAACUUUGGUUAGAUCACUCUUCUACCUGUCCAGAUAAGGUGACUUCUUUAAAGAACAAUUUACUGAACUUUCUUCCAAUGGGAUUACACGAACCAGUCAAUUCAUCACGCUAUAAAAAACAUUAUGAUCGAUGAAUGCCUUCCUCCAUUUUUUUUUUUUUAAUUUUUGUAUAUACGUAUGUUUAUAUAUUUUAUUAUUGUGGAUAUUUCUUUUUGUUUUGAUUGUU